AUGGAUAUGGAAAGCCUCAGACCUCAGGAGCAGACUCCUACCAAGUCGCCCUAUGAGAACGUCCGUACGAACGGUCGAGCCUUCAACUCUGUCAACUGGCGCACAAAGGUUGACAGCCCAUCUGGCUCACCCACACGUCCAUCACCAUCUCGUCCCAGUAACGCCAGCCCCAACACCACCAACACCUCUCGCGCAGCAUUCAGCCGACCUGGAUCCCAUGUCCCGCAAGCGAUCUCAGAUGGCCGCCGCCUGUAUGUAGGCAACAUGCCCUACACGGCCAAGACGGAGGAUGUGGAGGCGCUAUUCAUUGCGGCCGAGUUCCCUAUCGAGCGCAUCGAUAUUGCCAUUGACCCGUUCACCGGCCGAAACCCCUCCUACUGCUUCGUCGACCUGCAAAACAAGGAACAUGCCGAGCGUGCCAUGACCGAGUUGGAUGGCCGGGAUAUGCUGGGUCGUCCGGUCAAGAUCAAGCCCGGUGUCGCCAAGUCGGCGGAGCGCAUCGCCAACCCCCCCGAGCCCUUUAGAAUUGAUCGCUGGCGCCAGCAGGAUAAAGUCAGCUUUGCCAAGGUGAACAGUGAUUCUAGCCGUCGAGUCUAUGUCGGUGGCCUGCCUCGGUUGACAGACCAUGAGGCCGUGCAGAGUAACAUUGAGGCGUUUUUCAAGGGGUUCUCUGUUGAGAAUGUCAGCAAGGUCUUCGCCCCUCAUCCCGCAAAGCGAUUUGAGCCCGGCGAGCACUACUAUCUGUUCGUCGAUGUGGGCAGCCCUGAGGAAGCCGAGAGGGCUAUGCGUGAAUUGAAUGGCCAACAAGGACCGUGGGGUGGUCCUCUGCGAGUGCAAUUUGCUCGUGGGCCCAAGCCAACGGUCACAGAUAAGAAUGGAAUAGAAAUGACAGCAUAG